GCACCAGUGUACCUCCAUCACAAAAAUGGCGACGAUUCCACCCUCAAUGCCAGCGAGUACCGCGAACUGGCACUGGAAGAACAAGACCGUAACGCCAUGGGCGAAAGCUUGGUUCGAGCGCGAGUUGCCCACCAUUUCUGUGAAGGGAGAUGGUGAGGAGAAUGUCUCUAUCUCCAAGGUCGUGGACGUGGACGGGGACGUCGAGCUCGGGCAGCGCAAGUCCAAGCUGAUCACUAUCUACGACUGCAAGGUCGUUCUGCAGUGGUCGGGUACCGCGUCUGAUGGAACGGAAGUUGAGGGCAAGCUGACUAUUCCGGAGGUAUCGCACGAGGUCACGCUGGAUCGGUUGUCGGACUAUGCGUACGAGUGGAGUCUCGAGACCUCGUCUUCGCCUGCGGUCGACGCGUUGUACGCGCUCGCGAGGGCGCGUCUUCCAACGGCUCUGGAGACCAAGUUUGCCGAGUUCCCUGCCGCGAUCAUCGAGACCCACGGCAAGGAUCUGACGAUCAGCGCUGAGCCCAGCAGGCAGGCAUCACCAGCUCCUACUGGUUCCGCUGCUUCCAAGGCGUCUGCAUCGUCCUCUACAGCAGCUGUUAUCAAGCCAGCCGUGAAGAAGGCUGCAAGCUCAGUGAACACGGCCACGAUUUCUGUCGACGCGCACUUUAUGGCUGCCGCGGAUGAUCUGUUUGAUCUCUUGACAAACGAGCAGAGGAUACCUGCUUGGACGCGUGCCCCGGCUCAGUCUGUAGCGAAGCCAGAUACCGAGUAUAGCCUGUUUGGUGGUAGUGUCAGGGGCAAGUACAUCUCCCUCACGCCGGCAAAUGAGAUCGUGCAGAGCUGGGCGUUGCAGAGCCCGGCAUGGCCUGAUAGACACGUCGCGAUGUUGACGACGAGGCUUGAGCAAGGCUCAGAUUCUACCAAGGUGACCUGGACACUGUCCGGCGUGCCUCUUGGCAUGGAAGAGGAGACGACGCGGAACCUGCAAGGAUAUUACAUCCACGGCCUCAAAUCCAUCGGGUACGUGCAGCUUUUCCCAUAUACCCCUCCCCCUCCUUCGCCAUCCUCCCCAAAGCGUAAUGCCAAAAAAGCCCCGGCUGCCGUCAAAGCAAAUCCAUACUCACAAUACAUCAUCGUGAUAUUGGCCUUCGUUGUGCUCGUGGCGGCGUUCUGCAUGCGCUAUCUAUACGAGUGACUGUACAUUUCCUGCGACACGGAAUUGACUAUUUGUUUCUUUUGGUGUACGUUUACAGGUUGGGCUCCGAGCUGUGACGAACAUGCUCCUGCCACGGUAGAUGUGCGACCAACGUCGCUUCUCCCUUGUUGGUCCGGAUGGGUUAGAGAUGCGGUGUAGAGCAGCAGUUCGGACGUUUUUC